AUGGCGGGGCAGCGGCAGGGCGCCUUCCCGCUGCUGGUGCGGGGCGACUGGGGCGCGACCGAGCCGCCCCCCGCCCUGAGGAAGAAGCUGCUCUGCUACUUCCAGAGCCAGAAGCGCUCGGGCGGCGGCGAGUGCGAGCUGCGGGUCGCGACCGGGACCGGGACCGGGACGGGGACCGGGCACCUCCUCGUCUGCUUCGCCCACCCCGAGGUGAAGCAACGAGUUCUUGAGAGACAGUCUCAUAAGCUGUAUUUGGGAGAAAAAGGAGAACUGAAGUUGAUUGUCACAGAGCCUGAAACAGCACUAGCUGCUGAAGAGGAGGCAUUUGAAGAAAAAUUAGUUCCAACAAAGGCUCUGGAUGCCACAAGCAACCUUCAAACAAAAGAUGAUACAGAAGUCUUGCAGAAAGCAGAGAGUUUUGUUCCAAACAGUGAACUCCAGGAGGAAGCUGGCUCUGCGGAGAACAUUGCAGAAAAGUCCGCAGAGACCUCACCUUCAGUGGUGUUUGAAAACAUACAAGGUUGCAGUCCAAAAUGCUUAUGUAUGCUGUUGGAGAACAUCAGUGGCCUGACAGUAGAUGAUGACUUCACCGUGGAAGUGAUACCUGAAAUAAAUGCUGCUGUAGCUACCUUUAUAAAAAGUAUCGAUACUGAAGAAUUUGUCAAAAAAUGUUCACAAAACAAAAGAGUUAAAGAAUUCAAAAUGACUGCCAGGCUUCUUGAAUUGACCCAGAGCAUCAAGGCUGAAAAUAUACCAGACGGUGUUUCCACAGACUACAUCACAGUUUACUUUGAGAGUGUGCGGAACGGAGGGGGGCCUGUGUCAGACGUCCAGCUCUUGCCUGAGGAGAACUCAGCCAUCAUUACUUUCUGUGAUCACAAAGAUCUAAACACGGUCUUGGAAAAGCAGCAUUCACUGGAACAGACACCGAUUUCUGUGCAUCCAUAUUAUCACUCCCUGGGAACAGCUCUCUAUGGAGAAGACAGACCAACUAUCAAGAUGCCAGACCCCAUUGGGGUGCCACUAGAUCCGUAUGUCUGGCAGUUUUUACAAAGGCAGGCUAAACUGAUCCAAGAGAUAAACCAGGAAAUGGCAAUUUGCCAUUGUGAGCUAAAAUGGCCCCAGACAGACUGUGCACACCCAGAAAUUAUGUUGUGCCCAUCAUCAUCUCUCUCUGAACAGAAAAAGCCAAUGAUUAAGUUGAUCAAGACGUGGAAGCAAGAUGCUUCUACUGAGUUCUCACGUAUCAUGGCACGUUACAUAGCUAUAAAAUGUCAAGUAAAUUCAGUGGAUUGGGAAGAUGUGAAAAACAGAUUGAUGAAAGAUGUUGCUUUGAUCAUAACUGAUAUUUCUGAGGAGAUGGUGGUGAUUGCAGGCAACAGAACAGCAGUGGACAGUGCAGAGAAAGAAGUGAGGGAAUGCAUGGAAAAAGCCAUGAAGCAAAGUGAAAGGGAAAAACAAAGCAUAGAAAUUUCUGUGUCAGUGAUUCCAGGGAAGUAUGCCGUUCUGCACAAUGCUGGACUAGAAAAGAAUAUUCACAAAGAAUAUCCAUGCUUAAAGAUCUUUUAUGAUGACACAAAAAAAACUGUUCAGUUGUGUGGAUUACCUGCGGAAGUAUACAAAAUCAAAGCUGACUUACUGGAAAAGGUAUUGAAUAUGCCACAUACAUCAGUUACCAUUGAUCCCCAUGUUUUCUACUAUCUACAGCGUGUAGAUAAUAAAACAAUGUCAGAGACAUUAUUCACUAGGAAAAAAAUUAAUAGUUUUUAUGAGCUUGAGGAUGAUACUGUGUUGCUGUUUGGAGAUGCUCCCAAAGAUCUUUUAGAAGCAGAAAAGCAAAUAAAGACAGGCUUAGAAUAUGAGUGCAUCGACGUGGAGGAUGGUGAGGUCAUUAAAAAGGAGCAGUGGAGGAGUCUUCUUGCCUCCUUGCGUAAGAAGUACAAUUCUUCCCAGGAAACUCUAGUCAUUGAUGAACCUGUUGGAAAAGAAAAUAAAGUGAUUAUUGCUGGCUUUUCUAAGGCCGUAACUGAAGUUUAUCAGAAACUUAAUGAUUUUAUAGAUAGAAACACACAUAUGGAAAAAGUAAUCCCAGCUAAGUCAGUGGUGGUAGUGCAGUUUGUAGAGAAGGAAAAAUCCAGUGUUUAUCUUGAAUUGAGGAAGAAAGGUGUGACAGUACAUUUUGACACCAAGACACCGUGUAUUUCCCUGAGCGGACCAAAAGCAGAAGUGCCAAAAGCAAUCACCACAUUUGAAAAAAUUCUCUCAUCCCUUUACUCAAAAAAUGUGCCAAUUGAUAAACCGGGAGCCAAAGAGUUCUUCAUUGAGAGGAAAGAUUCAUGUGUUUUUGAGGCAAAGCAGAAAUUUAGCUGUUUGAUUAGGCUGGAAGAAGAAGAAGAACAACAACAACAGAAGGGCGAAAAAGUUGGGGAUAAAGAGAAAAGAAAGCUCCACUACAAGAAAACGCUGCCAGAUGGAGUUGUAGUAGCAGUGUAUAAAGCUGACUUGUGCACUCAUCCUGUUGAUGUUGUGGUAAAUGCAUCUAAUGAAGACUUAAAACACAUCGGUGGCCUGGCUGAGGCACUGUUAGAAGCGGCUGGUCCAGAGCUGCAACAGGAGUGCGACGAGCUGGUGAGGAAGAACGGGACUUUGCAGCCUGGGUGCGCAGUUAUCACAGGCGCUGGGAAACUCCCCUGCAAGAACAUCAUUCAUGCUGUUGGGCCCAGGUGGAGGAAGGAUGAAGCAGAAAAGUGCGUGUACUUGUUAAGAAGGACAGUGAAGAAAAGUCUGCAACUAGCCGAAACAUACAAUCAUAGUUCUAUAGCUCUGCCCCCUAUAAGCAGAGGGAUUUUUGGCUUCCCACUGCAGACGUGUGCAGAUUCAAUUGUAUCCUCCAUCAAGGAGACCUUGGAAGAAUCCAUGGGGGACAGCAGCUUGAAGGAGGUUCAUCUUGUAGAUGAUGCGGAAGAAACAGUUCAGGUUCUGAGUGAGACGGUAAAAAAAGUGUUUACAGCUAAAUCAUCCUCCCCAAUACUGCUGACACCGCGCUCGGAAAACCGUAAGCUGAGAGAAAGCCAGAAGGAGAAGAGAAAAGAGGAUCUGCAGAUGGCUAGAGAUGAUCUGCAGAUGGUUACGACAAAUGAAGGACUUCACAUCCAAGUAGAGGAGAAAAACGUUCAGGAAGCCACGACGGAUGUUAUUGUCAACAGUGUUGGCACAGAUCUGGAGUUUGGUGUGGGGCCUCUUUGCAAAGCCUUGCUGGAAAAGGCUGGACCAGCACUCCAAGUAGAGUUUGACAAUGAAAAACAAAGACAGGUUGCUGGUCAAGGGAGUGUGCUCUGCACCAGUGGAUGUGCUCUGGCCUGCAAGUCCGUGCUUCAUGCCAUACUUCCCACGUGGGAUGGAGGAAGAGGACAGACCCUGAAGACCCUAGAAGAUGUAAUCCAUUCCUGCUUGAAGAAAACUGAAGAACUUGGACUGAAAUCAAUCACUUUCCCAGCUAUUGGAACUGGAGGAUUUGGAUUUCCUAAAACCGUUGUUUCCAAGUUAAUGUUUGAUGUGGUAUUCAAGUUUAGUAGUAGUCACACUCGGAAGACUCUCCAGGAAGUUCAUUUUCUCUUGAAUCCAAAAGAUAUGGAUAACAUUCAGGCUUUUACCAUUGAACUAGAACAUAGGAUAGCUGACAGUUGCAAUGCCGCAGCACCAAGGCCAAGUUUCAUUAGGCCUGUUUCAACUGAAGGAUUGGGAGUUCAUGAGAUGCAGAUUGGUUCCAUUACACUCCAAGUAAUUAGUGGAGAUAUUACCAAGGAAGAUACAGAGGUUAUUGUAAGCAUAUCAAAUUCAACAUUUGAUGCCACUUCAGGGGUCUUCAAAGCAAUUAUGGAUGCUGCUGGUUCCCAGGUAGAAGGAGAAUGUGCUCAAUAUGCUGGGCAGUCUCAAAGUGGCUUUAUUACUACACAAGGUGGAAAACUGUUGUGCAGUAAAAUCAUCCACUUGAUUCACGAUACCAACGUGAAGAGUCAGGUCUCCAAAGUGCUUAACGAGUGUGAGCUAAGGAGGUACAAAUCUGUCGCCUUCCCGGCAAUCGGAACAGGUCAAGCAGGACAGAGUCCAGCAAAGGUAGCUGAUAACAUGUUGGAUGCUAUAGUGGAAUUUGCAAGCAAAAGAACAGUACAGCAUUUGAAAAGAAUUAAAAUCGUCAUCUUCCAGACAAAUAUGCUCAGAGACUUUUACAAAAGCAUGAAGAAAAGAGAAGAUGCAGAUUCAUCCACAACAGAUUCAUGGAUGUCUCUGUUUAAAUCAUUUUUUUGGGGCAAAAAACAACCCACUGAGAAGAAAAAGCUCAUGGUUUUGGAGAAGAAAGUUGAUUUAGCCACAUUUCAAAUUUGUGGAGAAAGCCAAAAAAAUGUGGAUGCAACUGAGUCCUGGAUCAAGAAUUUAAUUUUAAAGGAACAGUUUGAAAACAGUAUUUCAGAUGAGCUAAUUGAAAAUUUUGAUGAGAGGCAAAUUGACACUUUGGCAGAUCUCCAGAGAAGAAAGCAUGUUACCAUUCUUCUUGAAAAUAAAGUUUCCCCCCCUUGCAUUAAAAUUUCUGGUAUUAGCAGGGACGUCUGUUUUGUUUCUGUGGAAGUUCAAAAAAUGAUCCAAAAAAUUAAGGAUACUCAAGAAGAACGAUCCAAGGCAGAACUUGUUUAUAACCUGGUAGAAUGGAGGUAUCCAGGAAGCAAUGAUAGCUUUGUUGCUUUUGAUAAACUGACAAAUAUGCAGCUGGAGGAUGCCAAAAUAGCUAAAAAAACACAUCUUACUGUCAAAAUUAACAAGACCAACUACAAGGUGGAUCUGAAUACUCUACAGGCUAAUGAUGACCAAGGAAAAACUAUAAACAUUCAACGUGUGCCAAAGAAUGAAGAUAAGCAGUCAAUACAGCUCCCUGUGCAGUGGGAAGACAUGCAAAAGGAACGGGUCAAACUGGUGAAUCUUGAGCCAUCACGUCGGGAAUAUCUGGAAGUUCAGAACACAUUUAAGAAUACCUGUCCCAGCUUUGUCAUAGAGAAGAUUGAAAGAAUACAAAAUCCCUUCCUCUGGCAGACAUACCAAAUAAAAAAAAAAUCUCUCUGUACAAAGAACAAAAAUCAAAAUAAUGAGAAGUUACUGUUUCAUGGGACAGCUGCAUCCUCAUUGAGCACAAUCAACUACAAUGGAUUUAAUCGUGGGUUUGCUGGAAAGAAUGCUGCAACCAUUGGAAAUGGAACUUACUUUGCUGUUGAUGCAAGUUAUUCCGCUCAGGAUAUUUAUUCCAGACCGGAUAUGAACGGCAAAAGAUACAUGUACUUGGCUCGGGUCCUCACUGGGCAGUACUGUGCUGGGAGCAGAGGACUCAUCACUCCACCACCAAAAAACCCAGCAGAUCCUACUGACCUGUAUGACAGCGUGGUUGAUAAUGUGAAUAAUCCAACAAUGUUUGUCAUAUUUAAUGACAUUCAGGCAUAUCCUGAAUACCUUAUUACUUUCAGAAAAUAGAAUAUUCUUAAUAGUCUGGAAAAUUUUAGUGCCUUUUACAUGUGGGAAUUAAAAGGGCAGUUCUUGAUUCUUGUUUACAUCUAGGUUUCUUAAACUAAGUGGUUAUUUAUCUAUCCAUGUCUUUAAAUAUGUCUUCAAAUUAUCAACACAAUGAGGCCAGGAUAAGCAAAUAUUUUAGAACAUGCUAUUUCAAUACUCACAUUUCAAAUUCAGUUAUGCGGAGGUGUAGGCAAGGACUGUGAGAACAGCCCGACCUCUUCCUACGCAAGGCAGAGGGGGCUGGUAGGAGAGGGAGCUGCUCUGCCUCACCUGUGGCCUGAAGUAAGAGGUGUAGGAUAGGUCAGUGCACCUAUGCAUGUUCCUAUUUCCAGUAUUCACCAUAAAGUACCAAGUGGCUCUCUGCCUGUGAGGAUUUAUUUAAAAUACUCUGUGUUGGGGGAAUAACCUCGCUCGCCAGCAGAGUUUUCAGUCAUUCUCGGGCAUUCACUCACCCUUGUUGGUGCUAGCGUCCAGAAGGAAAAAUAUCCAAUAUUGAACACGCACUUUGCAUUCAUUGUUUCACCCUCCUUAUGCUGUUGUGGCAUACUUUGUUACUCCCUAUGUGUAAAUUCCUAUAUUCAUACCCAUUUCUUAGGGGCAUUCUCCGUGGUCCCCUGCAUUACGUACAUCCAGCUUCCACAUACAAAGUCAUUGCUUCUGAAAUUUUCAAGACAGCAAAGAGGGACUUUUAAUUUCUUCUGGUUGGUACCGAAACAUUAACCCUUCUGUAGAAUUACCAAUUUGCAGCGAGUCAUCUACAGGGGCAAAACUCAGUUAUCAUGCUUAAACCAUUUGAAAAAUUUUAAAGUUCUGUAAAGCAAGUAAAUAAUGGCAUUUGUACAUCUUUGCAAGCUGUCCACUUAUUACAGUGAUAAUCUUACAACUGCCAAUCAAAACCCAUAUACACGUGGUUUUAAUAAAAGUAGUUUCAAACA